AUGCCUCCAAGAAGAUAUCCUUUGAAUACCUCUGCCUCCAAGAACUCGCAGGCGGCAUUAACCCAGCGUAGCCUUAUUGAUCCGCACCUCGAGCCUCAGGAAGGUAACCAGUCACAAACACAUAUCAGCAGCAAGUAUUCAAAGACCCUACAAUCAAGAACACAUGCCAAAAAAUCUCUUCAACAGGCCAGCAGCGCUAGACCACGUGGCGCAGGCGAAGCCGUUGGGCAUGACAAAUGCUUCGGAGAUGAAGACUCCGAUUCCUUGGAUGGGAUUGGCGAGGAAUCAGGCACAGAUGCAGAGGAGCAAGAACUGAAUGGGAUAGAAUCGGAUGAUUUAGAAUCAGCAGACGAUGCUGAGUCGCAGCGCCCUCAUAAAGCCCUCAAGGCCAAUCAUCGACUAUCAGUUUUCCCCCAGAUAAGAACAACGGCAGAAGUGAUUAAUAAUAAUGGUCGCCAUUCACCGAGGGAUGGCCGGCGGCCAGGCGACCGCUUGAACCGCCCGGUCACGGUUGUGAGGCGAAACGGUGUACAAUGUCCUUCAAACCCGACUGCAGAAAGAGCCAGCAACGCUUCUCAACAAACCUCCCAAGAAACCCAUAGUACCGGUAGCAGGGGCAUAUCAAGAGGCAAUUCAUCCAGCGCCUCAGCUGUUCCUAUCCAUGAUUCCACUAAUACACCUCUUCAAAAUAUGGAACAGACAUCCUCCAGGGAAAUUGGACAACCCAGCCAAAUCACUAGGGAUUCGGUUACAGACAGGUCACGAUUUUCUCCCUGGCCAACAACUCACAUAUGCAAAGAUCUCCCAGAGUCUCCUAUCGACACCAAUAUUGAGGAAAUAUACAGCAUCCUGAAGGCCAAACAAGAGUACAAGAGUCCCUUCAAGACUGUUCUUGACCGUUGUUGCAGACUUGUUGCUCGUUACUAUUCAAUCCACACAUCCUCAUAUACUGGAGGGAUAUUGUGUUCCCUUAGGUACAAACACUACCUUAACUCAUCCAUCCUAGAAAUGGAAGAGGGAGAAAUUUCCCCUGAUAUAUGGUUUACAAACACCACAGGUGAUGAUAUUCUUGAGAAGUAUGCGCAAUUCUUGGACAUCGAGCCUGCCAUGUUGAUGAUGUAUUACAACGACGCUCUCAGCCUAGCUGCCCAAGUCCUUGCUCCUCUUCGAGCGCUUCCAAGAUUGUGUUGGCUAAUCAUGAGCCUACUGAUGAAGUCGAAGGCAUUUUACCUGCCUCUGCUCGGAACAAAACUGAUGAUAACACUGUCUAUGGCACCGUGGCUCGCUAUAUCCACCACCAUGCCAUUGACGCCAAGCAUAUGUAUAUAUCGAACAUACGGCAGAGCUUCUCACAGAUCCUCUCAUCAGCCAACUUACAUGAUGAAGAAAAUGUGGUUCUUCGACUCGACCAUCAUAGCUAUGACAAGGAAGCGCAUGGUGGCUUCAAAACUGAGGUCCCCGCUAGCCUAAACGUCCCUUUGAAUGAACGCAAUUUGUU